GUUAGUGUGAUAUUUAGUCCAUUUACUAUGCGGUUUUAACAAAUACGUGUUACGUCCAUGUACUCUGAAUUUUAGUGAGUAAAUCUAUGCAUUACUUAAUCUAUUUGUUACUUGUCCCUAAGUUGAACAUUUCAUCCAAAUUUGUUGCUGAUGGGAUUAACUCUCCUUGAUGGCGCAUGCCACAUAUAUAUCGAAUAUCUGUCUUACAUCCCUCAAUUUGGCCUCAUUAAUUAAUCUCGGGCCUCAUUAAUUAAAAGUUAACUGAGGGGAAAAUAUGCAUGUUUAACAUAUAUGGUAUGCAUGUCAUUCAGAUGCGCUUACAAAACAUGAGUUGAUUUAAGCUGUAACUUCUUUAGAUGAAAUUUCUAAUCGUUAAAUGACAGUACAAUGAUAUGUUGAUCAAACAUAAUAUUAUAGUAGGCUUCUGUUCAAGCAGCAAAGUAGAGGGACUAAAAUACCAUUGAACUCAGUUAUGAUUCAUCCAAAAGAAAUAAUGAAGCUUAUGUUGAUCAUUUCUCGUAUUCUUAAUGAAAAUGUCUUCCUUCCUUAUAAUAUUUCUCGUUCUGCACGAGCUCAUCAUACCAUGGGAAAUCAAGGUUUGUUGUGAUGAUAAGACAGUUAAGAUGCGUAGUUGAUUUAUCGAAUUUGCUAUACUCUAUUCAACAAAUGUCUUGCAGUUAUAUAUAAAAUAGCGCAGACCAGAAGCCAGAAGGAACGGGCAAGGGAUCAAAACUACUCCCUAAUCUUGAGCAGAAGGCACUAAAAUCCCCAAUGUCAGCAUCCAAUCUCCUGCCGCCGGUGGUAGGUGGCCGGGCUGCUGGAGAUAGUACUGUGAUUCGUCGGAUGACCCUAGUGGUUCCCGGGUCACAGGCCAGGUACCCUGGCGCUGGCGGAUCGUUCAUCCGGGCAGCGAUUAGCCGCGCAGAAGACAGUGGUUCUUUUUCUUCUACUACUUUGCUGGUCAAAGGAGCUCCUCCUCUUGCUUCUACUGAUGAUCAUGGAAAUAGGCAAGUUUCUGUAAAGGCAGUAGUUACCGUAAGGAAGAAGAUGAAAGAGAACGUAUUUGAGAGGAUUGGAAAUCAACUGGAGCAUUUCCUCAAUGGUCUUGGUCAUGGGAUCUCCAUUCAACUCAUUAGCGAGGAAAUUGACCCUGCGACCAACUCAGGAAAGUAUGCAGAAUCUAGGGUAAGAGGCUGGCUGCCCAAAUCAUCAGUUGACCCUUACAGUUACAGAGUGGAAUACGCAGCAGAGUUCAAAGUCCCCCAAGACUUCGGAACUCCAGGAGCUGUUUUCAUCACCAAUCUCCAUGGAAGUGAAUUCUUCUUGCAGGAGAUUGUGGUUCACGGUUUCAAUGGAGGAGGCCCUUAUUUCUUCCCUGCAAACACUUGGAUCCAUUCCAGGCACGACAAUCCUGAAAGCAGAAUCAUCUUUAGGAACCAGGCGUAUCUUCCCGCGCAAACCCCACCUGGAAUCAAAGACUUGAGGCGGGAGGACUUGCUCAGCGUCCGCGGGAAUGGAAAGGGCGAGAGGAAGAUGCACGACAGGAUCUUCGACUAUGACGUUUACAAUGACUUGGGUAAUCCUGACUCCGACCAAGAUCUCGUAAGGCCUGUUAUUGGCGGCAGCCAUGAAUUCCCUUAUCCAAGGCGCUGCAGAACUGGCCGGCCUCCAACCAAAACAGAUGAACUCUCAGAGAGCAGAAUCGAGAAGCCGCAUCCGGUCUUCGUGCCGCGAGACGAAGCAUUUGAGGAAACAAAACAAGCGGCUUUCGCAGCUGGCAGGCUGAAGGCCGUCCUUCACAACUUGAUCCCUUCGAUAUCUGCCUCGUUGUCCGAUUGCGAUAUCCCCUUCAUCUGCUUCUCCGACAUCGACAUGCUCUUCAACGAUGGGUUCCUGAUCCGACCUGGACCGAAAGGAACAACUGGGUUCCUGGCCAAGUUCAUGAAUCAGAUUUGGAACGCUGGACAUAAGAUGAUGAAGUAUGAUACCCCUGCUGGUAUCAAAAUGGAUAGGUUUUCAUGGCUGCGAGACAUCGAAUUUGCCCGCCAAACAUUGGCCGGGGUUAAUCCAGUCAUCAUUGAGCUUUUAAGGGAAUUCCCUAUCGCGAGCAAGCUCGACCCUGAAAUUUAUGGCCCUCCAGAGUCCUCUCUAACAAAGGAAGUACUUGAAGAAGAUCUCCAUGAAAUGAGCUUAGAACAGGCCAUGGAGGAGAAAAGGCUCUUCAUUCUGGAUUACCAUGACAUGCUUCUGCCAUUUGUGGAGAAGAUAAACUCUUUGCCUGGGACCAAAAGUUACGCAACUAGAACAGUUUUCUACCACACCAACACUGGCGUUCUGAGGCCAUUAGCCAUUGAGCUUUCUCUUCCUCCAACUUCUUCCUCAGGUGGAAGCAAAAGGGUUUACACUCGUGGCCAUGACGCUACUAGUCACUGGUUGUGGAAGCUGGCCAAGGCUCAUGUUUGCACUAAUGAUUCUGGCGUUCAUCAGCUAGUGAGCCAUUGGUUGAGGACCCAUGCCUGCAUGGAGCCUUACAUAAUUGCGACCAACAGGCAGCUCAGCGCCAUGCAUCCGAUCUACAAGCUGCUCGAUCCCCAUUUGCGUUACACAUUAGAGAUCAAUGCCCUUGCUCGUCAAAGCUUGAUCAACGGUGGAGGAAUCAUCGAGGCUUCAUUCAGCCCUGGCAAGCAUGCAAUGGAGGUUAGCUCUGCAGCCUACAAGGCAAUGUGGCGGUUCGAUAUGGAAGCAUUGCCUGCUGAUCUCCUUCGAAGGGGCAUGGCAGUGGAAGAUCCUUCUACGCCGAGUGGAGUGAGACUAGUGAUCGAAGACUACCCCUACGCCUCAGACGGGCUCUUGAUCUGGUCAGCCAUCCAGGACCUAGUAGAACCCUAUGUGAACCACUUCUACCCCGAACCCAACUCAGUCAAAUCAGAUUUCGAGCUCCAAUCGUGGUGGGACGAGAUCAGAAACGAAGGCCAUGCCGACAAAAAAAAGGAGUCAUGGUGGCCUAAACUCGACACAACUCACGACUUAUCCUCGAUACUAACCACGAUCAUCUGGACCGCAUCAGGGCAGCAUGCAGCCAUCAACUUCGGGCAGUACCCUUUCGGAGGGUACGUCCCAAACCGCCCUACCGUGCUGCGGAGAUUGAUGCCUCAGGAUGAUCAGCCUGACUACGAGAAGUUCUUGGUCAACCCUCAAAGGUUUUUCUUGUCUUCUUUGCCAACUAAGCUCCAGGCCACUAAAGUGAUGGCGGUGCAGGAUACACUGUCGACUCACUCGGAGGAUGAGGAGUAUUUGGGCCAGGCGGCGAGGGCCUCUGUCAGCCAUUGGGUUGGUAACGAGGAAGUGGAGAAACUGUACAAAGGGUUUGCUGAUCGAAUGGAGGAGAUUGAAAAGAUUAUAAAUUUGAGGAACAAGGAUGCGAGGAUGAAGAAUAGAAGUGGAGCUGGUGUGCCUCCUUAUGAGCUAUUGCUUCCAAGUUCAGGACCAGGUGUUACAGGUCGUGGGAUCCCUAAUAGCAUUUCCAUUUAAUGAGGUUUUUGGCUUUGAAUUGUUAGGAAUCCGUGUGGGGCUCGGAUUGUUAUUGCUCGGAGAAGAGUUUGAGAAAAGUGAGGAAAGGUCUGAAUGGUGAUUAUAUAGAGUAUGAGAGAGGUCUGUUGAUCUUCUGGUUCUGUGGAUGGAUGUAAAAUCCAAAAAGGGUUGCAUUUCCAAGUGAUUUAAAAAUGGAAGGUUGAUGCAUGAAACAAAAAAUCGCAAUUGUGGAAUUGAGCUGCACAAUCUAUUGAGAUCGAUAAUAGAAAUACCAAUGGACUUGACUUGAGGGAUUGUUUGGAGAAUGAGAUUUGGAGG